GCAGCAGCAGCAGCAGCAGCAGCCACAACGUCCACCGCAGUCACAACAGCAGCAACAGCCACAGCAGCAACAAGAACAGUUACUAUAUCAACAACAGCAACAACUCCAGCAGCAGCAGCAACAACUGCUAUGUCAACAGCAACUGCAACUCCAGCAGCAGCAGCAGCAACAGCAGCAACAGCACCAGGAAUAUCUCAAACUGGGAGUCGACAUUGUGGACAAGAUAUUCCAGUCGCAAAGGCCCAACAACUCAGGGGUCCCAAAUCCCGGAUAUCAACCUCCUCCGAGCGGACCUAUUCAAGCCCCGCCACAACGUCUGUUCCAACCCGAACCGCAGGAGCAGCAAGGGGAUACAACCAUCAUUGUACAAAAUCAAGAUCAGUACGUGCUCCAGCUCGAUCCGCAACAGCAGCAGGGCGGCGGGCUGCCGGACCAACAAGGAGGAGAUACAACCACUGUCACGGUCGAAGACGGCCCCGUCCACGAGCCGACAUACAACGAGACGACAUGCACCGACGUCAACGUGGACGUCAACGUGGACGUAGACGUGAGCGUCAACAUAGACAUGGACCUCUCGUCCCAGGCGAACGCCGACGCCUCCGGUGGCAUGUACGACAGCAGCACAUACGUCGCCAUGGACUCCACCGUGGUCACCGACUCGGCCCUCGUCACGUCCGACGGCAACGCAUCGUACACGGAGACGAGUUACACGGACAUGGACGUGUCCAGCUACGUGGACAACAUCACCGCCGAUGCGUACGCCAACAACGCGAUAAACAUGGCCUUGAGUAAUGCGGCGGGUUAUGUCGGGUCCGACGGCAACGCGGCAUACACUGGAACGAGCUACGCGAACGACAUUACCGCCGAUGCCUACGCCAACAACGCGAUAAACAUGGCCUUGAGUAAUGCGGCGGGUUAUGUCGGGUCCGACGGCAACGCGGCAUACACGGGAACGAGCUACGCGAACGACAUCACCGCCGAUGCCUACGCCAACAACGCGAUAAACAUGGCCUUGAGUAAUGCGGCGGGUUAUGUCGGGUCCGAUGGCAACGCGGCAUACACUGGAAUGAGCUACACGGACGACAUCACCGGCGAUACCUACGUCAACAACGCGAUGGACAUGGCCUUGAGUAAUUCGGCGGAUUAUGUCGGGUCCGGAUAUGAUGGGUCUGGGUGGGGGGAUGACUUCUGAGCAAUAUCCACCGCCGAUUGCUUUCGUGUGCUGGGCGUUGUACUGCCUCUUUCCCCUUUUCUUUUCUUUUCUUUUCUUUUCUUUUUGUCCUUGUCAAAUACACCUUGGAUACCUGUCAGUAAUAUCGGCUUGCCCUGUCGCUAUACCCCUUUCUGUCAGUUCGGUUUCAUGGCCAAGAUUGAUACCACACAUAGCGCGGUUGUUCAGGAUGUCGGAUUUAAUAUAAUAACGGGAUUGCUAUCUUUGAUCUGGAGACACUCUCCACUGGAACAAGACAAGCGAGAGAUGUGAAGGCACGUUAUUCAUUUGUAUGGCCCUUCUCACGGGGCUGUCUGGCUGGCUGGCUGGCUGGCUGGCUGGCUGGCUGGCUGGCUGGCUACCUUGCUA